AUGCUUGAAAAAAGGAGAAAGGUUGGAAGUUCCCUGCUAUUUUCCUUGAUAAAUGUUCAUUCCAUUGAUCUCUCCGGAGCAAAAGAAUCGGUAGGGACGACUCCUGGAAGGAAUUCCACUUUGUACGACAUUGAUGAAUUUCGGAAUUCCGUAUACGAAGUUUUGAAAAAAAACAGGACAUAUCAAAGUAGCUUCAGAAUCGUAAACAUCAGAAUUGAUCUAAAGGGACUUAUCGAAUUUGCUCGAGAUUUUGAUACACAUCUCGAUAACACAACAGCAUUUCGGAGAAACUCUACCAUUCAUGGCCGAAAAAUUAACGAUCACCGAUAA